AUGGCCAUAACGGGAACUGGACUAUGGCUAGUGGCCGUGCUGGGCUACGUGGUGCAGACAAAAUCAGUUUCAUACGUCUAUGAUAUUUCAUAUGAGACGCAACAACAAAGACCAAGCCAGCGGGACGUUCUUUACCUGCUGUUUGUACACCUCUCAUCGUGGAUACUGGUCGCGCCGCUCACGCAGCUGUUUUCUCGAGUGAAAAACGGCUUUUUGAGCAGAAACGGGUCUUGGCUCGGAGACGCCAUGGAAGUCGACCCAGAGAUUUCGGGCUACAACAACGGCCGUUCCACACCGAACCAUACCUUGGCAUCCCGUUUCAAACAUCUGGUUCAAAUUGCGACCCUAGCUCUACUAAUAGUAGUUGCCGGAUACACAUUUUUCGUAGCUCUGGGACUAUCGCCGGCCGUGGACGUGGCUAUCAUGCACGGCACCUCCAUGUUUGAAAUCGUGUCAUUGCUGCUGGUGGUGAUGGGGCUGGUGCCCGGAAAGAAGCUCGGACGCAGUUUCGCGCUCACGGUGGUGAUUUUGAUCGGGAUCUUCAUAGUCUCUUACACGAAGGGCACUUGCGACCUGCUUUCUGGAAAACUGUCGAUGAACGAGUCCACAGGCGAACUGGACGACCCAUUUCUGUUCGAUCGGCUUAAGGGAGCACUGACUUGUGGAUUGGGAGCACUCACAAUAGGCCCAUUCUUUGUCCUGUGGAGCAAAUGGAGUGCAGCUUCUUCAAAUGAGUCCACCACCUCGAUUCGGCCAUUUUUGACGCAUACCGAAAGAUCCUACAUAUCCAACCUCGAAAUAAGCCAUUUGGGUGUUGCCAACUUGCUGAUAGUGGGCCCCAUGCUCUUUUUGAGAAGUGCAGGAGGUCCCUUCCAUCAAAAUAACACUUUGUCCAACUCCGCUUGGAUUCUUCUCUCUGUCUUCGCAGGCCAUCUCCCCAUGAUCUGGGCCCUCGUGCACUUGUCGGAUCGAGUAUCUUUGGCGUUCUCUUCAACGUGUUUCGUCGGGUUCAUUGUUUUCACAGCUCUGGCUGAUUGUAUCUUCGAUAGUGCCCAAGUGGUUGUUACAAGGUGGGAGGUGGUAGGGUACCUGAUGAUCAGCGUAGCAGGACUACUGCUGGCCCGCCAUCACUUGGUGGCCGCUAAAGCAUAA